AAUGUUUGUUAUAGUGACGUGAAGGUACACGUCGCCUAGCAGGAUGUGCUUGCGUAUGAUGGCGGCUGUGUGUCUACAUCGCAAUACUGCAGUUUUGUAAGAAUUCAUAUUUAAUCCUCCUUCAUAUCGCGUUGUGUUUUUUCGGAGCUGACAUCUAGCUCAAAACUAUUAAACGGCUUAAUUCUGGAUAAUCUUUUAUUUUGACUGGAAUUUUGUGGAGAUGCAGCCCCCUCCACGAACUGCUCCACCCGGGGCUUCUGGCCCACCGCCUACUGGAGGGGUCCCCAAUGUAUUUCGACGGACAAGGCCUCACAAGCAUCCAGGGAGCACAAUGAUGAUGCCUGGACCCGCUAUGCCCACUAUGCCCAUUCCCCCUAUGACCGAUCCUUUUGCAUUUGGCAGGCAAGCCAUGUCCACCGGGUCCCAGCCACCACCUGCCAAGAGCAGCCCCCUUCCUAUGCAAGCUGCACCCCCUGUAGGAUUUCACCCAACCGCCCCCAGCCAGGAGCAUGGAGUGCCUCCACAGCCAGCAGAAAGUGCACAGGGUGCCCGUCACCUUCCGCCGCCCUCGUCUUUGUCUGCUCCCGCCCCAGGGGUAAACGUGUUCACUCCCAACAGCGCUGGGGCUUCAGCUGCACCACCUGGGCAACUCCCUAGCCCUCCCACCCUCACAGGGGCAGGUGCUGCAGGUGCAGAACAAGGGCACGGCAGUUCUGCAGAUAAUGUGCCCUACAUAACACCAGGAGCCUACAGUUCAGCCCCCAUGCAGAACAGACCUCCGUAUGGGCAGGAGUUCAGGGGCGACCCUGCCCCUUACACCCCCUCGGCCCCUGGUGCAGUGCCCUCUCAACCCCAGACCAUGCCGCCCCCAGCCUCGCAACGGAUGCCUGACUAUGGGAGUCGUCCACCUUCUGAUCAGAACUACUUCCAGCCAACCAGUGAUCCACCCCAGGCUUUUGUUGCCCACCCUCCAGCGCCUGCCCCAACUCUUGCACCUGCACCAGCCUCCUCUCCGCAUUUACCCCAGCCUUCCCCUUCUCCUCACUUACCCGCGUCCACUCCCUCGCCUCAGUUGCCCCAUCAUGUCCCCUCGCCUCAUUUUCCCCAACCUGCCCCCUCACCUCACACAUCCCCACAGAUGCCCCCCCAGAACCAGGUCCCCUCGGCUGUACUGGGCCCCAGCAGCCCACCCACCGCAGCCCUUGGGCCAGGUGCAGCCGAGCAGCAGGGGCCUGCAGGGGCCGCUGCAACCUCCCUGUACCACAAUUCCCAUUUUCAGGCCCAAAAUUAUUUCAGUCAAAACUGUGUUGUACCUGACCCCUGGUUUAGCCAGUCUUCCCAGGAGCACUUUUACCACCAGAUGGGCGGGGAGUCUGGUAACAGACGACCCGACCCCUUAAAUUCUCAACAUGGCACCCCCUCAAGCCAAGGUGGGCCGGUCCCUUAUAUGGCUGACCCUGGCACUGUUACAAUGUUCUUCAAGGGGAACGACGUUGAGAAUGAGGAGACACUCUCAGGAGAGGGGAAAGCCAUUAACGGAGUUGCUGGAGCUACUGGACAUUCAUUCCCAAACUCCUCACUUCCCAACCAUCAAGUGCCCCCUUCACAGGCUCUCCCGGGGGCCGAGGCGGCCCAGAGAGGGGGUCCGAAUGUGCCUGGCCCCUGCCAUGCCCCGCCUGUGGGUGAAGGGGAUGCAGUCUAUAUGAAUGACAGUGGGUUUGUCAGCGGCACCCCAAAACAUGCGGGUGUCCAGUUUGAUCAUGUGGAAAACCUGGAGUGCAUCCCCAACCAAGAGGUUUUGCCCAACGAGCCGCAAAAACUCCCCACUGUGCCCCCGAGUGCCAGCGAAAACCUGGGAGCGGCACACAGUCUCCCUGUUACCCAUGGAGGGGACCAUUUUGAAGGGGGCCCCAACCUGGAGACCCCCGAUUCGGUGCCUCGGCCCAUCAGGUCGGAGAGCGUGUCGUCGAGCUACAGCAACGUGAGCCACGGGAGCGCUUCCGGCUCCAGGAGGCCCCAGGGCAUGGGGCCCACUUUCAUCCAGCAGGAGACCGCCAGGCCCCCUGAAGAUUCCUCCACGGAAUACUUCCAGCAGAUCGACUCCUCCCCCGCCGGAGAACCAGUGCCGCAGAACAUGUCCAGCAGGAUGUACCACAGCCAGCUGUCCCAGACCCCCACCCCCAGCCCCCCAAAACCCACUGGAAUUUUCCAAGCCAGCGCAAACAGCUCUUUUGAGCCCGUACGCUCCCAUGGCGUGGGGGUCCGGCCUGCGGAGGUGGACCAGGCCAGGAUGGUCAUGGAGAAGAGCAGCUACAGGCUACCCGAGCCGGGCGUGGCCGACGUGUCACCCGGCAACCUGGAACAGCCACCGGACAACCUGGAGAACAUCUUCAUGCCCUCUGCGCCGCAGCCUAGCGUGGGGCCGGCGGAACGGCGGCCCUCCUCUCGGGCGCACGGGGCCCGUAUGAAGUGCGAGAGCCCUGCCACCACGCUGUGGGCCCAGAACGAAAUGCCCAACCUGGGAGCCAACAUCCUGCUGGCCCCCGCGGCCCCUCCCGUGCACGCGCCGGUGAGACAGCCCAGCGCAGAGGUGAUCCAGCCCCCUGAGGACGGGCCGCUCGACCUGCAGGCCCCUCAGCGGCCCCAGAAAGCCGACAACUCAUCCGAGAACCUGGAGAACCCUCCCAAAGUGACCGAGGCCGACCUGAAGAAUCCCCAGGCAAGUCUCGGCUAUGCCUCCCUGCUAGUCCCUUCCCCUGCUGCAGAAUCAUUCCACAAUCAGUCUGUCCUGAUUGCGCCUCCAGCUACUAAUUACAGCGUGAUUUCAGCAAAUAAUUCUGCACAUACAUCAAAUCAGACUGCCCCCAGUGAGAUUUUACAGAAUACAGCAGUAGAUGGCAAUUCGUCAUUCAUGCAUUUACAUUUACCGUCUACGGCAUCCACUGCAAACGCAAUAGUUCUAGAUUCCUCGAAGACUUCUAAUCUCCAGCAGCAUUUUAUUGCUUCACCAGUAAAUUCUUCUGGAAGCUUUAGUGGUCCGCCUGUACCAAAUCCAGGACCCCUCAACCUGGCACUGGACAAAGCCAUAAAAUCAGAGAACCCCCCUCUGGCAUCUACAGGUAGACCACCACAGCCACUUCCUUCCGGGGCCGAUCCUAUUGGCAGUCAGGCCCACUCUAUUCCCCCUGUUAAUUCCCAGACCCAUUCUGCAGCCGCCAAUCAAAAGCAACCCACCAAUUAUGAGCUCCUCGGUUUCGCCAUGCACCAUCCUCAGAACCACCAAAACCAAGCUCCUACCCCAGGUAGUCAUGUGCCUUCUGCUGCUCCUCAGCAAGCGCUGCCCCCGUCGCAGGCAGCCAAGCCAGGAGCGCCGCAGGGCAACACGACAGGGUUCUACCUGCAGGUGACCAAAGACGCGCAGCAGGGAGGGAGGGGGGAGGGCGAGCAGCAGCCCGCGGAGCCGCCCCCGUCGGCGGCCGCUAGCUCCCAGCAGCCCGCCCCAGACUCCACCCAGCCGCCCGAGGCUCAACCCGGCCUUCAGGGGCCGGGAGCGGCCCCUUCGCCCUCACACAACCAAGGGCUUCCACCAAAUAACCAGUAUCCUCAGCCCCCUGCGCCCGGACAGGGCCCACCUGGGCCGGGUGCCCCCCCAGGCCAGCCUUGGGCUGUCCCUCAUGGGCCGGGCGGCCCGCCGCCCCCCCAGCAGCCGUGGAACUCCUCUCAGCCAGCCGUCACAGACCCGCAGAGGCCGCCGUCUGCACAGGGGGGCCAGCAAGGGUAUGCUGGCCCACCUUCCGUGCCAGGACCUGGGUACGGAGGGUACUAUGAUGGCGCCUAUUCAGAGUAUCCGAAUGGAAGACCGCCUUAUCCCCCUCAGUACUACCAGGAUGAUGCCUACAGAAGAUACGAUGCCCGCUACGGUCGAUAUGAAGGAUCCAACCCAGGCUACAGAGAAGGAGAGCAGCGUUACCGAGAGCAACCGGACCGACCCAGUUCUAGAACCAGCCAAUACUCGGACAGGCCCUCCUCCAGACAAGGCUACCCUGAGGAUCACCAGAGAGCCAACCGAAGUGCCUAUGAUGAGUAUUAUGCAGAACACUAUAAGAAUCAGUAUGACUAUGGAGAUCGGAGCCGGUGGGAGCGCUAUGACGCGGCGGGCUAUGACCCUCGGUACCGGGGCUACUAUGACCAGUACUGGUAUAACUACGGCUCUGAGGCUUAUGGGAACAGAGAGGCGUACUAUCCUCCCCAGCAGUACGCCGCCAGGCCGGAGGAUCAGUGGCGCUACGACCCGCGCUACGACGCCAGCUUCGACGACGACUACCAGCGCAAGUGGAGCCAGUACGGCGACGAGUUGGACCGGCGCAGCGUGCACAGCGAGCAGUCCGCCCACAGCGCGCACAGCUCACGCAGUCAGCACAGCCGACGCAGCAGCUUCAGCUCCCACUCGCAGCAGAGCCAGGUGUACAGGAGCCAGCCAGACCUGGUUUCUGGGGGUUACGAGCCCCCUGGCCAAACGUCCUCCCUCAUGGUCGACUACUCGUACGCACCGUACUCCGACAACGUGGACAGAAACCAGACUUUCACCGAUUACCCGUACCCAGGCGCCUACUCCUCAGAGAACGCGUGGCCCGCUGUGGAGCAAGCGCCACCGCGGCCCAUGACCCCGGAGAAGUACUCUGUCCCGCACCGGUGCGCCAGGUUUGGGCCCGGGGGCCAGAUGGUCCAGGUGCUGCCCAACCUGCCCUCGGCGGGCCAGCCUGCGCUGGUGGAGAUCCACAGCAUGGAGACCAUGCUGCAGGACACACAGGCGCAGCAGGAGCUACGCAGCUUCCCCGGCCCGCUCGUAAAAGAGGAGACCCACAAGGUGGACGUGAUCAAGUUCGCCCAGAACAGAGCUCUGGAGUGCCUGCGCUCCGACAGCCUGAUCGAUAAGGACUCGGCCUUCCUCAUCUGGGAGUUCAUCGUCCUGCUGUGCAGGCAGAAUGGAACGGUGGUGGGGACGGACAUCGCCGACCUGCUCCUGCGGGAGCACAGGUCCGUGUGGCUGCCGGGGAAGUCGCCCAACGAGGCCAACCUGAUCGACUUCACCAACGAGCCGCUGGAGCGGGCCGAGGAGGAGCCGGGCUCCGGGCCGCUGUCCCUGCUGUCCGACACCUUCAUGACCGUGCCCGAGAACGUGGGCAAGGAGACGGAGCGCUUCCGCGAGCUGCUGCUGUUCGGCAGGAAGAAGGACGCGCUGGAGUCCGCCAUGAAGAACGGGCUCUGGGGUCACGCCCUGCUGCUCGCCAGCAAGAUGGACAACCGGACGCACGCGCGGGUCAUGACCAGGUUUGCCAAUAGCCUGCCCAUCAACGACCCCCUGCAGACCGUGUACCAGCUGAUGUCUGGAAGGAUGCCGGCCGCUGCAACAUGCUGUGGGGAUGAGAAGUGGGGUGACUGGCGCCCCCACCUGGCCAUGGUGCUGUCCAACCUCACACACGCACUGGACCUGGACACCAGAACCAUCGCCACCAUGGGAGACACACUGGCCUCCAAAGGCCUGACCGACGCAGCCCACUUCUGCUACAUGAUGGCUCAGGUCGGAUUGGGCGUCUACACCAAGAAGAGUACAAAGAUGGUGCUGAUUGGAGCCAAUCACAGUUUGCCGUUCUUCAAGUUUGCCUCCAACGAAGCGAUCCAGCGGACCGAGGCUUACGAGUAUGCACAGUCUCUGGGCUCCCAGCCCUGCUCCCUACCGAACUUCCAGGUGUUCAAGUUCAUCUACGCCUGCAGGCUGGCUGAGUCCGGCCUCUCUGCUCAGGCCUUCCACUACUGUGAGGUCAUCGCCCGAGCCCUGCUGUCCCUCCCCUCCUACCACUCUCCUGUGUUUGUCAGCCAGCUUAUACAGGUCGCGGCGAAGCUACGUUUCUUCGACCCUCAGCUGAAGGAGAAGCCGGAACAGGAGCUUUUCAUCGAGCCGGACUGGCUGGUGAGUCUGCGACAGCUGGACGGACAGAUCAAGGAAGGGGUCAUAUCCUACAGUGGAGAUAGGGCCACGCCCCAGCAGUAUGCCUGCAGUACCCCCAGCUCUGAGUUUGACCAGCCCAGCCCCCCAGACCCAAUGGGGGUGCCCCAGGACAUGGGAGGCCCUGCCCCAGAGAACCCCUUAAUGUCCUCCCUGAUGCCAAACCCGGGGCAGCCCAUGGCAGGGGUUCAGCUCAUGCCCCCAGCACCCGCCACCAUUCUGGAGGAAGGGAUGCCCUCCAUGCCCCAGGUUCUGCCCCCCACUGACGGGGUCCCCUUCUACCCAGUACCCCCCACUCAGCCUGGCAUGGUCCCUUUUUCACAGCCUGUCCCAGAGAGCCAGCCAGGUGGGUAUCCCCCUCCAGGGCAGGGCUACCCACCCUACCACCCCGAGCAGCCAGAGAUGUACCCAGGACCCCCAAUGCCCGCACAGAUGUCCCCCCAGGUCAGCCCCACGGAGCCUCACCCUGCACCCCCCGAACACCAGUUCCCGCACCCAAGCUCCCAGCCCUCCUCCCCCGCCCGGAGCACCUUCACCCAGCAGAUGGACUUCUAUGACCAGAUGGCCCAGAUGGCCCCAGGGAGGAGGUCCAGAACCACCUCACAGUCCUCAGCACACAUGGCUCCAGGCAUGCGAUCCCGCACCACCUCCGAAUCCUCCACUCACUCCAUGGGACGAGAGUGGAAUAAUUCAGCUGUGAAGCAGACCUCGCCUCCUCCCCCGUCCAUACCAGAGCAGGCCCCCCACAGGGAGGAGCCCAAGAAGCAAAAGAAGGACUCCCCCAAAAAGGGAGGCGGAGGUGGAGGUGGAGGUGGUGGUGGCUGGCUGAUGAACUUGUUUCGCAAGGGGAAGAACGAGGCUCACCUGCCUGACGACAAGAAUAAAUCGAUCGUUUGGGAUGAGAAGAAACAGAGAUGGGUGAACUUGGAUGAACCAGAAGAGGAGAACAAGCCUCCCCCGCCACCGCCCUCAAACUUCCCGAAAAUGGGCCCUCAGAUGGGGCCAGGAGGGCCCGGCGGGCCGCCCAGCGGGGGACCCCCGGUGAACAUCUUCUCCAGGAAAGCAGGCACUAAGGGCCGGUACGUGGACGUCCUGAACCCAGGCGGAACUGGCGCCAAGCCUGCCAGUUUACUCCCUGCCCCGGCGGAUCUCUUCGCACCCCUGGCACCCAUGCCCAUGCCCGCUAACCUCUUCGUACCAGGAGCAGCACCAGAGGAGCAGCAGCCCAUGGAGGGCAGCGUUCCGGAGACUAGCGGUAACCCAGAGCAGGACCAUCCUGUCCCCAGCGCUGCACCCCAGAUGUUCAACCCAAUGCUGUUCCCUCCCGGCCCAGAGGGGGCAGCAGCUAUGGAUGGGGAGCUCUCACGCUCUAGCUCAAUGAGUUCUUUAUCACGCGAAGUGAGUCAGCAUUUAAACCAGGCUCAAGCUCAGCCUCCUCCACAAGGAGCCCCACCCCCCCAAGGAGGUCCACCCCCUGGAGGUGUGACUUUCUACAAUCCCUCCCAGUUUGCACAGCCAAGCGCCCCGUCGGGAGGAGGCCGACUGGGUCGGUUCGGGCAGAGGAAGUACCCGGCGCUGAAGUAGAGUCUGCCAGGAUCGGCUGAAGAGGUGGCCUGGUUCUGAAGCUGGCUGUCAGGCUCUGUGACACUCACUGCCCCCAAUGUUUGAAUAAAAAGCACAUUCGUUAGCUUCAAUUCCAUACUCAUUUGAUAUGCCAUUUUGUAUGAUCAGAGCUUUAUCAGAUUCAGAUUUCGUUGCAGUUUUAAUUUCUUCUGGUUCUUUCUCAUGCCACAGGAAUAGCCACUGUCGUAUAUGUCCAGUUAGGCCAUGCUGGUAACCCCAGAAGUUUUCUUGGAGAUUCAGUGGCCCUUUUUUUUUACAGUAUGUACCAUGUGAUCUAGGCGUUCCAGUGAGCUUCAUCUCGCAAGCAUACCACUUUAUCCGGGUUUGAUGAUGGCACGGGAAACCUGGAGUCAACAGUCAGGGAUGUUGAGAUCAACCUCACCACUUCAUAAAAUUAAAUGUUGACAUGUUCACACCUGGAGUUAGGAUAUUUACUGCAGAACCUUGUCUUAGGGUGCAAAAAUACUGUUAAAAUGUUAAUUUUAUGAGGACGCGUUUAAGAACAGCUUGCUUUGUGUACAACCAGUAGUGUCACUCUCCUGACAGUCUGCUGAACACCAGUCGGAGCCAUGAAUUCCAUUGGAUCCUGUUCACCAGUUCAUCACAAGGCAGAAAGAUUUGAUUGAGACUGUUUGUUUGUUUGUUUGUUUUUUUUAGUGCUUUCUCUUAAGUUUAAGUGUAGGUGAACUUUCAUUUCAGUGCCACUGAGUGGCCUGUGAGCCCCCACCCCCUCUCUGUCUGAUUAUGUUUUUAAUCCUCAGUACCUGUGUAGUUUCUUUGGUGUCCCUGAAUGUGCUGCUGAGGUAGGAGAGGUCUGUCAGAGCACGGAAUUGUGUGAAUUUUUAAGUGCAAUAUCAGUUUUUUUCCCCCUUUUCCCCCAUUCCCAAUUUAAAUUAGACAUUUACUAGAGGGUGAAAAGCAUAGUUCAGUUAACAUAAGAAAAUCACAACCAAGGCUGUUAUAGUACAGUAGCCUUGAAUGUUAACCUUUUACGAGAGUUGAAAUGUUGUUCAUUUGGAAUAUUUAUUAAACUUGCCUGCCCGUUAUUACCCAUGGUCUUAAUGAAGCUUGACUGUAACCAUUCUAAAGUUCAAGAGAAAUGGCAGAUCUUACAGGAACGAUGAGAGUACCAUUUUUACAGCAGGUUUCAGGACUGAACACCAUUUUUAAUUGUCAUAAAUCUAUCCAAAUAUUUGUAUAUCUGAUUCAGAUUGUAUUUAUGACCUGUAGUCAAGUGUGCAAAGCGACUAAUAUUUCUGAGUUAACCUUGAAAUGCAGUUAAUCCCUACAUUUACACCUUGAUCAUUUGUAUCAAACGCUUCAGUGUAUGAACUAUCAUGGAAGUAUGUCAAGUGCGAGGCGAAUAACCAUUCUACGCUAUUCCCAGUCUCCUACAAUUUCUUUUUUCUUUUGGCUAUCUGUUGUGAUCAAUCCUCCCGCCUCCCCCUCCAUGUCAUCUGUAAUGUAUCCAGAAUCCUUUGCUUCAAUAUAGUUUCUGAAGCUGAGUUUUCAUGUAGACUGCUGAAUACUUUUAAUUCAAAUUGUUUCCUUUAUUUGAAGGAAGCUCUUGAUUUUCCUAAGUGUUUAGAAUUGACAUUGUAAAAUUCUUGACAACAGAAGCAAAACUUAAAACAAAUGAUAAUAAAAAUAUUUUUGCGCUCUUGAGCACUUUGAAA